UUGACUACAGGAUGCAUCUUUUCCCUCUCUCCAGGUAUCAACCCUUCCCUAUUCGGGCGUUUUGUGAUACCGAUUGGGCUUUUGACCCCGAUGACAGACGGAGUACAUCUGGUGCUGCUAUUUACUUUGGGCCGAAUCUUAUUGCUUGGUGGUCUCGUAAGCGACCUGUUGUUGCCCGAUCCAACACUGAGGCCGAGUAUUGGAGUCUGGCUCAUGUUACUGCAGAAAUCUUGUGGAUUCAAACACUGCUUGCUGAAUUACAUGUUCCCUCUGCCACUCCUCUCACUCUCUGUGAACUGCGCACGACGGUGGUGAGAUCCUCCUCAGUUAGUUCCUUCACAUUUGGUAACAACCGCGCACGGUAACAAAGGUUUAUAAUAAUGGCCUCAAAUAACUUUUAUGAUUCCGAUUCGGAUGAUUUUGGCACUCGACCCCCUUUUUUUGACGGUGAAGAAUAUUACAUUUGGAAAAAUCGAAUGCAAGUCUUUGUUAGGGCUGUUGAUUUUCAUGCUGGGCGUGCUAUACAAAAUGGUCCUUUUAUUCCCACUCAUAUCGUCGAUGGUUUGACCAAAGAAAAACCAAGAAGCGAAUGGACCGAUGAUGAUGAGAAAAAGGUUCAUGCCGAUUCUAGGGCAAAACAUUUCAUAUUUUGUGCCUUAAGUAAUAAUCAGUUAUCUUAUGUCAUGAACUGUGACACUGCUCAAGAAAUGUGGAAUACUUUGCGCGAUAUUCAUGAGGGAACUGGUAAAGUUAAAAUGGCUAGGAUUGAGUAUCUAACCGGUAAAUAUGAGGUUUUUAGUAUGAAACCCGGUGAGAAUAUACGUGAUAUGCAAAUGCGGUUUUAUGAUGUUGUUGAUCAUCUUGACUCAUUGGGAAAGAAAAUUCCCGAUGAAGAAUUGGUUAACAAAGUUUUGAGAUGUUUGAGUAAGAAAUGGAGGCACAAAGUGAGAUCUAUAAGGAAAUCGAAUGAUCUCUCGACUAUGCUGUUAGUUUCAUUAUUCAGUGAGAUUCAAGAGCAUGAGCUUGAGUUAAAUAGAUUGGAUGAGAAUGAUGAGAUGCAUAAGAAAAAGAAGAAUAGUGCACGUGUAGCAGCGUCGUCAAGAAAAAAAUACAAUGAAGAUGUUGAUAGGGACGACUCCAAAAGAAUGGAGAUUAAAGAUUUUCUCAAACUUCUGGAGAAAAAGACACCCCGUCAUCAAGGAAAGAAAGGAUCCUCUUCAUAUCGUACUCCUUGAUGGUUUCUUCUUGGAAUCAAAGUUAUGAUGGUGCUCUUUGGCCAUGACAAUAUGAGAAAACACAUAAGGUGGACAUGCUAAAAAAGGAAACCUUUGACAACACAAAGGUUCCUUUCUUACAUUAAGUGUGUAUUGUACUGUUUGUUGCUGUUGCUGAGUAUUCCUUCAACUUUUUGGCCUUCUACGAACAAAUUUCAUUUCAGCAUUCUUUCCAUGCAAAUGGGUUGCAUAUAAAUUUGUCAAACAUCAAAUUCAUCUAUUUUUGUUCUUUUGUAGGGUUUUGGAACAAGCAAUUAAUGAAGUAAUGUCACACUCUAAUUGGGGCA